CUUGGGCCUCUCUAUCUCUCACAAGACCCGCGUCCUUUGUGACGCUCAGUGUUCAAAGUCGAUUACCUGCAACUUUCAGUCUCGGCUAACUCUCGUUGCAAUCUUCAAUCAGACACCAAAUAGACAUCUCUCGUGCCUCUGUUUUGAUGUUAUCUGGGGAUGCUGUCUUUUUCUCCAUUAGUUGGGCCUUGCUUGUUUACGACCUCAAGACGAAUUGUUAGGAUGGCUGCAACAGCCGGAAAUCCCAGCAAACCAUUUGAAUCCAUUGCUCUAAAGCCUCCUUUGCACCCUACCUAUGAUCUAAAGGGAAUCAUCAAAUUAGCCCUUGCUGAAGAUGCCGGGGGUCAAGGUGAUGUUACAAGCAUGGCCACCACUCCUAUUGACAUGGAAGUGGAAGCUAAUUUCUUGGCUAAGGAAGAUGGUAUCAUCGCCGGAAUUGCACUUGCAGAGAUGGUGUUUCAAGAGGUUGAUCCUUCUCUGAAGGUGGAUUGGUCUCAAAAAGAUGGAGAUUAUGUUCAUAAAGGACUGCAGUUUGGAAAAGUUUAUGGACGGGCACACAACAUCGUUGUAGCUGAAAGGGUAGCUCUAAACUUUAUGCAGAGAAUGAGUGGAAUAGCAACUCUAACAAAGGAAAUGGCAGAUGCUGCAUACCCUGCGUGUAUUUUAGAGACGAGGAAAACUGCUCCAGGCUUACGUUUGGUGGAUAAGUGGGCGGUACUUAUUGGUGGAGGGCGGAACCAUAGAAUGGGUUUAUUCGAUAUGGUCUUGAUAAAAGAUAAUCAUAUAUCCAUAGCUGGAGGUAUCACAAAUGCCAUUAAAUCUGUUGACACAUAUUUAGAGCAAAAGAAACUUCAAAUGGAGGUUGAGGUUGAAACCAGGACACUAGAGGAAGUACACGAGGUAUUACGUUAUGCAUCUCAAAAAAAGACGUCCUUGACUCGGAUAAUGUUGGAUAACAUGGUUGUGCCACUACAAAAUGGAGAUGUAGACGUAUCUAUGCUUAAAGAAGCUGUGGAUUUGAUUAAUGGGAGAUUUGAUACUGAGGCAUCAGGCAAUGUUACUCUUGAAACGAUACACAAAAUUGGACAGACUGGAGUGACCUACAUUUCCAGUGGUGCACUAACACAUUCUGUAAAAGCACUUGACAUCUCCCUCAAGAUUGAUACAGAGUUGGCCCUUCUAGUUGGAAGGCGGACAAAACGAGCAUGACUGCCCAUCAUCUCACAUCUUUUCCUCUUGUUGAUGUAACCAGUCAACUGCUGGUAAUUUUUACCAUUCUGUCUUUAUUAAUAUGAGAUGGCUCCACUUUUUUUUUGUGUAUUGGACACAAAAUUUGGCACUGGUAUAUGUAUAAACGUCAUGCAAAUUGCAAAGCA